GCUUUGGGAGAGGUGCGUCAGUUCCGCCUCUCCGGCGCUUCCAAACUUCCUGGGUCCGCUUGGGACCUGCAGCGACCCGGUGGUUUAGGGGGAAAGAGGCCUGGGCAGAGUAUACAGGCACCCUGCAAGGUGCAGCUCUGUCUUCCUGGGAUCUGUGCAACGCAGGACUCUGCACGCGCCCAGAAGUAGGAGGACACAUGACCAUGGUCAGGAUUUUAUUUAUUUGUUGAAGAGGGAGCAAGGGCACAAGCAGAGGAUGCAGCAGGAAGAGGGAGAAGCUGGCUCCCCGCUGAGUGAGGAGCCCAGUGUGGGACUGGAUACCUGGACCCUGGGAUCAUGACCUGAGCUGAAGGCAGAGGCUUAACCGACUGAGCCACCUAGGCAUCCCUGGAUCACUCUUCUGAGAGAUCAUCUCCACCGGUGUUGCUGCUCCCUGACCCCUGUCUCAGGGUAUCUCUCUUCCUGUGGUUGCUUUCCUUCACUGACCUGCUCAAAGCUACAGACACAAAGACAGCAGUUAGCAUAGGCGCUAUAUAAAAACCUUUAAAUUCCUCUCUGGCAAAAGACACCUAAUAUGCAAUUACCAGGAACAAUAACCUGGGGCAAAAAUAUUUACCACAGUGAUGCUAAAAAGGAGACAAAGCCCUUAUGGGCAACUUACACAUGUGGUUAAGGGAAAAAACCCAAUGGCAUGCAAAGAAGGACAUGCACAGCCAUGUUAAAAAUGAGAAAUACGAAUAAACAUCUGAAAAGGGAGACGGUGACAUUCAAGGAUGUGGCAGUGGUCUUCUCAGAGGAGGAGCUGGCGCUGCUGGACCCUGCCCAGAGGAAGCUGUAUGGAGACGUGAUGCUGGAGAACUUCAGGAACCUGAUUUCUGUGGGUGAGCACAGGCACUCUAUGGGAGGAAAGAUCCAAAGUAAGAUGAAGACUGUUUUAGAAGCAGAACCAUCUGAAGAGCUUUCCUGCUGGCAGAUCUGGCAACAGAUUGCAAGUGACUUAACCAGGUGUCAGGGCUCCGUGAUAAAGAGUUCUCAGCUCCCCAAACAAGGUGAUUCACCCCGACAGGUUGGGGCAGGACAGUCUGUAACUCACACAGGCCAGAAACCUGAUCAGUCUAGUGAACUUAAGAAAUGUUUCAGUGAUGUCUCCAGCCUUGAUCUUCAUCAACAAACACACUCAGGAGUGAAGUCUCAUAUAUGUCGUGAGUGUGGAAAAAGCUUCUGUUACAGUUCAGCACUUCAUAUUCACCAGAGAGUUCAUCUGGGAGAGAAACGCUACAAAUGUGACGAGUGUGGUAAGGAGUUUAGCCAGAGCUCAUGUCUGCAAACUCAUCAGAAAGUUCACACUGUGGAGAAGCCGUUCAAAUGUGAGAAGUGUGGGAAUGGCUUCUGUCGUAGAUCAGCACUUAAUGUUCAUUAUAAAUUGCACAUGGAAGAGAAACCUUAUAACUGUGACCAAUGUGGAAGGGCCUUCAUUCAUGCUUCACAUCUUCAGGAACAUCAGAGAAUCCACACUGGGGAGAAACCCUUCAAAUGUGAUAAAUGUGGUAAGAAUUUCCGACGUAGAUCAUCACUUAAUAGUCAUUGUAUGGUCCACACAGGAGAAAAACUGUUCAAAUGUGAGGAGUGUGGGAAGUGUUUCUUUUGUAGCUCAAAUCUUCAUAUCCACCAGAAGGGCCACACACGAGAGAAACCUUAUAAGUGUGAGGAGUGUGGGAAAGGCUUCAUUCAGCCUUCGCAUUUUCGGGCCCAUCAGAGAAUCCAUACUGGAGAGAAACCAUAUGUAUGCAAAGUGUGUGGUAAAGGCUUUACUAUGAGUUCAAAUCUUCAGGCACAUCAGAGAGUCCACACAGGAGAGAAACCAUACAAAUGUGAUGAGUGUGGGAAGAACUUCGGUACAAAAACCCGUUAUCAAGUUCAUCUGGUAGUCCACACGGGAGAGAGACCCUAUAAAUGCGAGGUAUGUGGGAAGGACUUCAGUCAGAGAGCAUAUCUUCAAUCCCAUCUAAAGACCCACAACGUAGAGAAACCUUACAAGUGUGAAGAGUGUGGACAGGGCUUCAAUCAGAGUUCCCGACUUCAGAUUCACCAGCUGAUCCAUACUGGUGAGAAACCACACAAAUGUGACGAGUGUGGGAAGGGAUUCAAUCGUAGAGCAGAUCUCAAAAUUCAUUGCAGAAUCCACACAGGAGAGAAACCAUUUAAUUGUGAAGAGUGUGGGAAAGUAUUCAGGCAGGCUGCAAAUCUUCUGGCCCAUCAGAGAAUCCACAGUGGAGAGAAACCAUUCAAAUGUGAAGAGUGUGGGAAGAGUUUCGGUCGCAGUUCACACCUCCAAGCCCAUCAGAAAGUCCACACUGGGGAAAAGCCGUACAAAUGUGAGGAGUGUGGGAAGGGCUUCAAGUGGAGCUUGAAUCUUGACAUGCAUCAGAGGGUCCACACAGGAGAGAAACCCUACAAGUGUGGGGAGUGUGGUAAGCACUUCAGUCAGGCCUCAAGUCUGAAGGUUCAUCAGAGUGUUCACAGUGAAGAGAAACCAUACAAAUGUGAUGUGUGUGGCAAGGUCUUCCGCCACUCUUCACAGCUGCAAUCACAUCAGCGGGUUCACACGGGGGAGACACCUUACAAAUGUGAGACAUGUGGUCAGAGCUUCCGUUGGCGAUCAAAACUUUCACAUCAUCGCAAAACUCAUGGUGGCAGUACAUUUUGUGAAAGUAAGAAGAGUAGUAAGAACAUCAAAGAAUCAUCAGAAAGAUUCGGUGAAAGGAGCGCCUGUUGGUCGCAGGCACUUCCUCCCCAGGAGGCCGCGGUAGCAGCCAUCUUUUCACUGAUUAAAGUGUUUCAGGUUUGCUGUCCACGACCCAUUCAAACUUCCCCCGAGAACGUACCUGAGUCCCGCAGCCACCAGCAUUUCAUUUGGGGAGAAAGAGGAAGAGCGGCUAAAAACGGAGGAUUCUGUUUCCCCAGAAGGAAAGAGAAUAUGAGCAUGUUCAAGGAAGCAGUGACGUUCAAGGAUGUGGCGGUAGCCUUCACGGAGGAGGAGCUGGGGCUGCUGGACUCUGCCCAGAGGAAGUUGUACCAGGACGUCAUGUUAGAAAACUUCAGGAACCUGGUCUCAGUGGGACAUCAACCCUUUAAACGAGAUAAAUGGCUCACAGAAAGAGAAGAGAGGCUGUGGUUGACGAAGACAGCACCCCAGAUAGAGAGAAAUGUGGGAGGGAACAGCCAAAGUGCACUGAGGACUGUUCGAGGCAGAGAGCCACGUGAAGAGCUUUCCUGCUGGCAAAUCUGGCAACACAUUACAAAUGACCUGUCCAGACCUCCAGACUCCAUGAUAAAUAGUUCUCAACUUCACAAACAAGGUGAUUCUCCCUGCCAGCUUGGGACAGGACUCUCCAUUCAAAUUUCUGAAGAUGAGAACUGUAUACCAUGUUGUAAAGUGGAUGGUUUUAAUGGUACUGAAAACUCACACCUUUCAAUUUUGAGAGCCCAGGACUCAUGGAGGAAAUCUUCUCUGACUGAGUCACAGAGUUAUCGGAACAGAUCCCAGCAAGUUUCCAUGAAAAAUAAGCUGUGUCAAUGUAAACAGGAUGUUGAUGUCAUUGGUUGGAUUUCACAUCAUCUAGAUCAAGGAAUUUACAGAAGUGACCAAUCUUAUAGCAACGAUGAUAGUGAGAAAGACAGUGUGAAGAUUUCAACAUUGGACCAGAAUAGUAUGACUCACACAGGACCAAAACCUCACCGAUGUAACGAAUGUGGAAAAACCUUCAGUGAUCUCUCUACCUUUGAUCUUCAUCAGCAGUUGCACUUAAAAGCAAAGUCUCAUACCUGCAGUGAGUGUGGAAAAGGCUUCCGUUAUAGCUCAGUUCUUCGUAUUCAUCAGAGAGUUCACGUGGGGGAGAAAGGCUAUAAGCAUGGUGAGUGUGGUAAGGAAUUCAGUGAGAGCUCACUUCUGCAAACCCAUCAGAAAGUCCACACUGUAGAGAAGCCAUUUAAAUGUGAGGAGUGUGGGAAAGGCUUUGGUCGUAGAUCAGCACUUACUGUUCAUUGUAAAGUCCACACAGGAGAGAAACCUUAUCAUUGUGAGGAGUGUGGAAGGGCCUUCAGUCAGGCCUCUCAUCUCCAGGACCAUCAGAGGGUCCACACUGGGGAGAAACCAUUCAGAUGUGAUGCAUGUGGCAAAAGCUUCAGUCGGAAUUCACAUCUUCAGUCCCAUCAGAGAGUCCAUACGGGAGAGAAGCCAUACAAAUGUGAGGAGUGUGGGAAGGGCUUCAUUUGUAGUUCAAAUCUAUACAUUCAUCAGAGGGUCCACACAGGAGAAAAACCCUACAAAUGCGAGGAAUGUGGUAAAGGCUUUAGUCGCCCUUCAAGUCUUCAGGCCCAUCAGGGUGUUCACACUGGAGAGAAAUCCUACAUAUGUAAUGUGUGUGGUAAAGGCUUUACUCUGAGUUCAAACCUUCAAGCCCAUCAGAGAGUCCACACAGGAGAGAAACCUUACAAAUGCGAUGAGUGUGGGAAGAGCUUCAGGAGGAACUCCCAUUAUCAAGUUCAUCUGGUAGUCCAUACAGGGGAAAAACCCUAUAAAUGUGAGGUAUGCGGAAAGGGCUUCAGUCAGAGUUCGUAUCUUCAAAUCCAUCUGAAGGCGCACAGCGUAGAGAAACCUUACAAGUGUGAGGAGUGCGGACAGGGCUUCAAUCAGAGUUCCCGACUUCAGAUUCACCAGCUGAUCCAUACUGGCGAGAAACCAUACAAAUGUGACGAGUGUGGGAAGGGAUUCAGUCGUAGAGCAGAUCUCAAAAUUCAUUGCAGAAUCCACACAGGAGAGAAACCAUAUAAUUGUGAGGAGUGUGGUAAAGUAUUCAGGCAGGCCUCAAAUCUUCUGGCCCAUCAGAGAGUCCACAGUGGAGAGAAACCAUUCAAAUGUGAAGAGUGUGGGAAGAGUUUCGGUCGCAGUUCACACCUCCAAGCCCAUCAGAAAGUCCACACUGGGGAAAAGCCAUACAAAUGUGAGGAGUGUGGGAAGGGCUUCAAGUGGAGCUUGAAUCUUGACAUGCAUCAGAGGGUCCACACGGGAGAGAAACCCUACAAGUGUGGGGAGUGUGGUAAGCACUUCAGUCAGGCCUCAAGUCUUCAGCUUCAUCAGAGCGUCCACACUGGAGAGAAACCGUACAAAUGUGAUGUGUGUGGUAAGGUCUUCAGUCGCUCUUCACAGCUGCAGUCUCACCAGAGAGUUCACACAGGGGAGAAACCUUACAAGUGUGAGACAUGUGGUAAGAGCUUCAGCUGGCGAUCAAAUCUUACCAUUCAUCACAGAAUCCAUGCUGGUGAUAAGUCCUAUAAAAGUAAUAGGAGCGGGAAGAACAUCAGAGAGUCCACACAAGAAAAUAGCUGUAUAAAAUGAUUUUUUUAAAAGAAAACUGAGGUGUCAUGUGAAUUCUUCCAAUCAUGAAGUUCAAAAGAAAAAAAUCCUUUGUUUCACGAAAGUCAAUGUUUGAGCCACAGUUUAACACAUCCCAGUAGUCAGGAGGCCACACAGAAGAGAACACUUAUGAGUGGCAUAGUAAGGUACAGUUUGAACUUUGACCUUUAUUAAAUACUACUCAGGGGAGGCUUUGGAAAGGACGAGUUUUAUCAGGUCUUGUAUAAAAGCAUGAUGAAUACACAAAGUAAUGCCCAUUAGAAUGUAAGCUCUAUAAAUGCAGAGACUUGUUCUGAAUCUACAUAGUCUUAACAUUGCCAGGGACUUGGGAGGUGCGCAAUACUUGUUCAGUUAAUAAACAGGGGAAAUGGA